AUGUCUACCCUGAAGCAGAGUCCGAUAUCACAAAUUGUUCGUUUUAUCAAGACCAGGACUGAGCAGAGCGUUAAGGGCAACACCAUCAAGAAGACUGCUCCAGGAGCACAGAUCGAUGCUGUCACGCAGGAAGAGCCUGUCUGCCAGUCUAGAAACAAGGACAGUGUCUUUCCACGCGGAUACUAUAAACCGCGCCCCAUACCUAAGAGCUUUGUGGUAGGUGAGGUUCGAAAGGUGUCCAAUAUUGGCAGUCCACCAGAUUCCAUCAGAAAUCGACAAGAGAUGGCGAACCCUGCUGCCACAACACAAUCGGAGAGUCCUGACGCGGCAGAAACCACCUUCAACACUUCUGGUCAGUCUGAAAUGUCUACAGCACCUUCACCCAAAUCACAACCUCCGAAUGGGCUAGCAUCAGCCUCACGGGUAGCUCAGACAAGUGCCGAUACAAAACCUUUGUCGAAAGGAGUUCACGGCGAACGAUGUCCACGACCGACUUUUCACUUACUUCUCGGACAACAAGACCCGAUUUCCCCAUACUUUACGCGGCGCUACUUCAGUGAGCCAUUUGUAGCUGAUGCAAACCGUGCAUACGAGCCUCCGAAAGACGCCCUGCACCACAUCUCUGAGCUUGAUCCUCAGGCAUUUGAGAUGUACAAAAUCUAUAAUCACACCGGGAAUAUCAGCUUCAGAUCCCCUACAGAUGUCAAGAUCGAUCGUAUCUGGAUCACGUGUUGGCCGCUCAUGAAUGCGCACAUUCUGGGUUGCAUUAUCAAAGAACCCGCUUUUGCUGACAGAGUCAUGGACACGCUCAAGGAGAGGCUUCCGCUUAGCACUGCACCCAAUCGUGAGACUGUGGAACACUUAUUCGAUCUUGAUAGAAAGGGUAUACCUGAAGCGUUGAAAGUGUUUGUCGUCGACCGCUUCAUCAACGCUCAGCAACGGUCUCACACACUACUGGAGUACUCCAAGUAUCCAGCGACAUUUGCUGAACUCGUUCUGCAAUCUGCUCUGCGACACAUCUCUUGCCACCAAAGCACAGCAGCAAGAUCAGGCUGCGAGUAUCAUGUCCAUGGCGCGGAAGAGGCUUGCUACAAGACUAGAAUUACUCCAGUAGACAUGCUGAAGGAGCAGCGACUUGCCACAGCACGAGAGAAUUCUACUAGGGAUGCGGAAUUCGCUACAGCCAAUGCCCUGCAGAACGGUGUCAACAGUGUGGACUGGGAGCAGUGCAGAGCAAAUGCAAAUCACGCUUUUUGGAUCGAUACUGGAUCCACAUGGACUGACUGUCAACGACUGGAGGAUUGCAAGCCAAGCGAUAAGUCUGACUGGAACAAAGUGACCUCCAGCCAAACCAACUGCGAUGCCAACAGCUCACACAUUACAACCCGAACAAGAGAUGAACACAGCAGUACUGGACCCCUGGAUAGUACAAGGCCAACUUACGAUCUUGCCAGGACGCAUGCCAAUUCACCUGUCUUGCAUAUUCGCUCCAACGAGACUCGCUUCACCACUACAGCUCCUCCAGUUGCACAAACAACCCGCAACAUGUCGCCCUCUAGAUCUUCUGUUGCACCAAUGGUGGCGCCUGAUCAGCUUCAAUAUGCUCUCCCAUUGGCGGAGCUUGAUGGUAGCAACAGCAGUGCACCUUGUCUGACAGAACUCGCCCUAAAGUGCAAGCCUAGCAUCGGUCGCAUGCGAAAUUCAGAGCGCCGAGUCUCGUCGACUUUGGCCGUUACAAACGGUGCAGACGAGAACAGUACCGGCGUCCAGAGUUCGCACGACAGUGGGUUGGCAUCAGACCGACGAGUCGGGAAGCUGAACAUGGAUUACGAAAUAUGUGUGAAUUGUCCUGGAGCAUAUCCCGAGCCGAACGUUACCAUACAAAGGUAA